AUGCAGAGAGCCCUACGUGCUAUAGUUCGGAAUGUAAAUAGAACACCUACAGGCCUCACGUCUUCCGGAUUUCUCGUAGAUGCUAACAUCAACUAUGUCGACGUUUUGCAGGUUCCUCUGCAGCCUCUAGCUGAUAACCUAGACUCGAGUGUGUACAACACUUUCGAGCAAGAUCCUGUCAAAUAUAGACGAUAUCGUGAAGCCGUUGAAAGCGCUAUCCGAGAUUAUGGUGAAUCGUCUUCGCGACCGGAAGAGCUUGUAUUGUAUGUCCUUGGCGCUGGACGGGGACCAUUGGCUGAGCGGAACUAUAAUGAGCGUUUUCGCUGUAAAAGGGAUCGACUCCGACUGAAAGUAUACGUUGUAGAGAAGAAUCCUAAUGCCAUAGUAACACUACGUUGUUAUGUCUCGAAUUUUUUGCACUUGUUGCGCAUUCUCGUGUUAUUUUUCAGCUGGCGUAAUCGCUGUGUAAUCAUUGAAUCGGACAUGCGAAAUGUUCCCAGCAUAGCUAGAGAGAAUGACUAUCCACAGCCUGACAUCAUAGUUUCGGAACUUUUGGGGUCUUUUGGCGAUAACGAACUUAGCCCAGAAUGUCUGGAUGGAGUGACAGAUCUGCUGAAACCAACAACUAUCAGUAUCCCUCAGAAGUAUACUAGUUACAUAGCCCCUAUAAUGUCGUUGCAUAUGCAUCAACAGAUACGUCUAUGCAGUGCAAGUUAUUGGAAUCGCGGUCUACCCGGCCAUGGACGUAAUGGACCUACUCUGCAACCCGACGGUAGCUAUCGACAACUGUACCCGUCAGUCAUUUUUGUUUUUAUUUUUGCAAAUGCUUUUUGAAA